AUGCCUAGGAAAGCCGUAUUACUCAACUCUCUGGCUAAAGGCAGGAUACGUGCUUCCUUUAACAAGUAUAACUUGUUUAAUCUUUACAAAAAGCCCCAUAUUGAGUUCAGAUCUACUACACUAUUUCAACAGAAAUGGAAAUCAAAGCAGGAAACUAGAGCCUAUCAUGGUGAUCACAUAACUGAAUCGAGAUGGAAAUCUACGUUUCUGCCUAAGCUGCAGUCCGUUGCCCAACUAGAUGCUUCUUUGCAGGGUGAAAAUGUGGAACCAACUCCAAUUUUGAUGCAAACUUAUGCUGUGUUGGAAAAAAGAUUGGAUUUUGCCAUAUUCCGUGCGAUGUUUGCAUCUUCGAUUAGACAGGCGCGUCAAUUUAUAAUUCGUGGGUAUGUUACUGUGAAUGGCGUAAAAAUUGUUCAUCCAACAUACCCAUUAAAGCCCGGUGAUAUGUUCAGAGUAAAGUCUGAGAAGGUCCUCGAGGCUUUGGGAGCGAAGAAACCCAGUUUGAAAGAAGCCCUGCUUAUUGACAAAACUCAAAUUAGACUCUGGAACAAGUACGUGAUGGCUGCUAGACACGACCCAGACAAUACUUGGAAAGCAAAGAUAAAGGAACUGCAGCGAAUGGAUGCCUCUAACCCGGAGAAAUUGAAGUUUAUAGAGUUUAUGAAACACUACAAUGAAAUUCUGGAAUCUGAGAAACUGCAAACUAUUAAGAAAUCCAAUAUCACCACAACUUUGACUAAGGUCAUUGAAACAGGCGAAGCUGCGAAGGAAUCUGGUGAUUCUAAAGAAUCCGACUUCCAAGCUGCUUUCUAUGGAGAUAAAUCCGUUGGUAAAGCAGCUAUGAAUGUUCACAAACAAUUGGAAUCCUUGAAUGUCUUUCAAAAGUUUAAAGGAUCUCCUUCGUCGAUCGCUUCUCAGAUCCUAGGCUCUGAAAAAGCUGACAAUGCAUCGGAUGAAAAUAAAAUCAUUAGAAGAACAGUUAAGCAAUCCAUGAAUGAAUUCCAAGCCCUUUUUGACGGAGCUAUAAGAAAAUACUAUGAUAAUAAAAAGGGUAACCUUCAGACCUGUGAACUUCCUUACGAUAGUGAAUGGGCCCAAAAGCUUCCUCUACACCCACAAAUCAAUGUUACUGAGCUACUUCAAAAUCCUGAUAAAGCUGUCCAUGCUGUUAAUUUACCGUGGCAAAAGGGUUUAUAUGGUCGUAAAGAAUCUUCCAAGCCUUAUUUUACUCCUUGGAAACCUAGACCAUUCCUUGCACCAUUUGCUAUUUUACCGCAUCACCUGGAAAUUUCUUUUAAGAGCUGUAGUGCGAUUUACUUGAGGGAUCCAGUGGCUCGUCCAGGUCACUCGGAAGUUAUAUCGCCAUUCGGUUUGCCCGUUCACCAACGAGCAUACAUGUACUACGUGAGGAAAGGUAAAUGA